AUGUCACAAGUAUUCCAGAAUACUACAACGGUAUUACCAGUAUCUUCCACUUUUAAAGAUGCAGUGGAAUUAAUCACUCAAACACAACCACAAUUAAACAUAAUAGAACAAUAUUGGGCAUCUUGGUAUCAUUAUAUGCAAAAUGAUAUUUUAGCAACUGGUUUAUUAUUUUUUGUAUUACAUGAAGUUAUGUAUUUUGGUCGUUGUUUACCAUGGUUUAUUAUUGAUAAGAUUCCAUUUUUUAGAAAAUGGAAAAUUCAACCAACCAAAAUCCCAUCUGAUAAAGAACAAUGGGAAUGUUUUAAAUCUGUCUUAUUACAACAUUUCUUAGUUGAAGCUAUACCAAUUUGGACUUUCCAUCCAAUGUGUGAAAAAUUAGGUAUUUCAAUUCAAGUUCCAUUUCCUCAUUAUCUUACAAUGUUGAGACAAAUUACAAUCUUCUUUGUAUUGGAAGAUAUGUGGCAUUAUUGGGCUCAUAGAUUAUUCCAUUAUGGAGUUUUCUAUAAAUAUAUUCAUAAACAACAUCAUCGUUAUGCUGCUCCAUUUGGGUUAACAGCUGAAUAUGCUCAUCCUGUUGAAGUCUUAUCAUUAGGUGUUGGUACUGUUGGAAUGCCAAUUGCUUGGGUUUAUUUUACUGGUGAUUUACAUUUAUUUACUUUAUGUUGUUGGAUUACUCUUAGAUUAUUUCAAGCUGUUGAUUCACAUUCUGGUUAUGACUUCCCUUGGUCAUUAAAUAAAUUCAUCCCAUUUUGGGCUGGUGCUGAACAUCAUGAUUUACAUCAUCAUUAUUUCAUUGGUAAUUAUGCUUCAAGUUUUAGAUGGUGGGAUUAUACUUUAGAUACUGAAUCUGGUGGUGAAGCAAAAGUUAGUAGAGAGGAAAAAAUGAAGAAAAAAGCUGAAAAAAAGGCAAAAUAG